AUGUCUCCUAGCACCUAUCCGCUCGAAGACGAGAAUGUCAAUCCUACCGCGAAUUGGAAAUUAUCAGCACCAGCUCCAGCAAAGAAAUCAUGGAUCCCAGCGGGCUUUGGAGGCAGUGGCAAGCAUGACGCCACCAUCGACAUCCCAUUAUAUGAUCCGAAGAAGCGGGAGCAAGAGCUCUUAUCAUGGGAGGAGGAUUUGAAGAGGAGGGAGCGGGAUAUCAUACAGAGGGAGAAUGCAAUGAACAGAGCUGGUGUCACCAUCGAAGUGAAAAAUUGGCCACCAUUCUUCCCCGUCAUACAUCAUGACAUAGCCAAUGAAAUACCAACCCAUGCUCACCAGUUGCAAUAUUUAGCAUUUGCUAGUUGGCUAGGAAUUGUUGUAUGUCUCAGUUGGAAUGUAGUUGCUGUCUUAGUUGAAUCAAUUCACGGGGAAGAUAUUGUUCUUUUUCUCCUUGCCAUCAUCUAUGCUGCAUUUGGAUGUCCUCUUUCAUACAUCCUAUGGUACAGGCCUCUGUACCAGGCCAUGAGAACUGAUAGCGUGGUGACAUUUGCCCAGUUUUUCGUCUUCUACUCGGUGCAUGUUGGGUUUUGUGUUAUUGCUGCAAUUGCUCCGCCGAUAAUAUUCAUGGGGAAAACUCUUACGGGAAUUCUUGUGGCUAUCGAGGUUUUAAACACGGAUAUGUUUGUCGGGGUACUUUAUCUAAUUGGAUUUGUAUUGUUCACGGCAGAAUCUCUUAUAAGCAUUUGGGUGCUUGAGAGGGUAUGCGUGUAUUUUCGAGGGCACAGGUGA